AUGGCUCUCGGCGCCGGCUCCGCGCACGCCGUCUAUUUCUCCGUCUACGAGCUCUCGAAGAAGAACAUUUCCGGAGGGAACCCCAACAAUCCGGCCGCCCACGCGUUGUCUGGGGUUUUCGCCACAGUCGCCAGCGAUGCCGUUCUGACGCCCAUGGAUAUGGUGAAGCAGAGGCUACAGCUGGGCAGCAGCCCGUACAGUGGGGUUUGGGACUGUGUUCGGAGGGUGGCUUGGGAAGAGGGGAUUAGGGGUUUCUUCGCGUCCUACAGAACUACUGUACUGAUGAAUGCGCCCUUCACAGCAAUUACAUUUUGCGAAAUAUGA